AUGCCGGCAGAACAAGCAUCAGUUGAAGUCCGCCGCAAGGCGGCCCGUGAAGUAAUCGACAUUCUCCACGAGAUUGCAACUCUACUCAACACACACCUCGACCGCCAGCAACUUUCCUAUUGCGUCUCUUUGAUCGAGAACGGUGCAAACCCCGAAGCGUUAGCGAAAGUGAUCCAACAAUUACGCGUUCAAUACCCACUCUCGGAAGACGGCGAUGCAGAGGUCUGA